AUGCUGAGAGUACAGAAAUCUUCCCCAGAGGCAAAAGGGGACUCGCAGUAUAAGUUGGGCGCCCGAUCCUGCAUAGCAUGCCAUCGGCGCAAGGUCCGUUGUGACCGAGGAGUGCCAUGCACAAACUGCUCGAAAUGCGAUUCUACCUGCGUCUAUCCCACAAAAGAUAAGGACAAAGAUGAUCAGAGAAAUUUCACUUUGCAACAUAUCUCCGACCGUCUUGGGCGACUGGAAACCCUUCUUUUGCACCUCGUGGGACCUCGUAUAUCUGCCCCUGAUGCCGAACUUCAAGGACAAGUACAAGACCCGCCAACAUUUGGGUCGGGUCAACGGAAUCACAAACCCUGGGAGUUGUUGCUGAACGAUGGAAAUAAUGUCCAGUACGUCAACAACUCAAACCUGAGGGAUCUCCUCCAGAAUGAUGAACGUAUAAAAUCCCAGCGCGUCUCAGACUCUGAGCCGACACUGCAGCUACAAAACCACACAAGUUCCCAUACCUCCCCUUCACAGCCAAGUCCUUGUUCAAAUGCUGCGCCCGACGUUCUUGGAUUUUACCCCGAAUCACAUUUGGCCCUUCAGCUAUGGGCGUUAUACGUGAAGUCUGUUGACCCGGUACUCAAAAUUUUACACAUACCCACGACUCAGUCUGCUGUCAUAGCAACGAUACUCGACCCCAAGUCUGCGAGUGCCUCGAUGGUUGCGUUGACAUUUGCAAUAUAUUUUGCCGCAGUCACAACCUUGCAUCACUCCCAUGAAGUGAUUGAUCUUCCCAUGGAAAGGCUAGCACUGUUAAAAAAUUACAAAUCCGCACUAGAUCGACUUCUCUUAAUCACAGAGGUGAUGAACCGACCCGAGAUCCCAGUCCUACAAGCUCUUGCAAUUUAUACCACCUGUCUACGCGUUCAUGAAACAGGUCGCGGUGCAUGGAUCUUGAACGGUCUCGCAAUUCGACUUGCCCAGUCUAUAGGUCUCCAUCGCGAUGGUGCAUCUCUCCGCCUGAGCCCAUUUGACACCGAGAUACGCCUUCGGCUAUGGUGGCAUCUAUGUGUUCUCGAUGCUCGAGCUCCGGAAGAUCAAGGGUUCGAGCCCACCAUCGACAUUCUCAAUCGAGGGCUACGUCUCCCUCUAAACGUCGAUGACAACCAGCUAUUCCCAAGUAUGAAGCAGCUUCCUGUCGAAUCUGUUGGAUGGACAGAAAUGUCUUUCUUCCUUAUUCAGACAGAAUCAUGCCGAUUACUACACCCGGUCUUAGGGACCCGUGAACAUUCCCCAUCAAAUGCCCUGUCUGAUCUCAUGACUAAAAGACAGAUGAUAGAGGAACGUACCCGGCAUGUUUCAUCGAAAUACGGCGUUCCUGUCAAAAUGCCUGGAUAUCUACCGUUCAUUGCAGUGCAGCAUUUUACUACCGCCCGCAAGAAAAUGGAAUUCAUGCUCCGGCUCCGAGAAGAGAUUGGUAUGCAGAAAGAGGAGGGAGCGCAGGAUGAUACCGCAGACGUCUUGAAGCCAUCAUUUCAGCUUGCAUGCGAUAGUCUGGAGAGCAACUCGAUUCAUCUGACAGAUGGCCUCACCGUGGGAUUCAAAUGGUUAUUCACGACCUACGUCCCGUGGUACGCUCUUGCGUAUGUCCUGCGCUGCCUGAACAACAACCCCUGUGGACCGAAUACCGAUCGUGCUUGGAACUUGGUUGAAAAGGUCUUCCCUCGUGGUCUGAAUCUAAACGAGCUUUCGACGCCGGAGGAAGACGGGUACAGCAGUAUCUGGAAGUGCCUAGCGUUACUCCGACACCAAGCACUAUCGUCAAGAAACGCCCAGUCACUUGCAAAUCAUCAGCACGCCUCUGUUGAGCGUGUUCACAACUUGGAUGAUAGAGCUGAAGUGCAAGUUAAUCAUGGCGAGCCGCCGCCGGCUUAUGCGUCGGCUUUGCCGGGCUAUGGAAUGACUUCGGAGCAGGACAUCAUCGCUGACCCUAGCCAAGAUAUGUUCUCGUCCUUUGACCUUUCCAUGUCUGGGGCCCCGUAUUUGCCGGAAUGGAAUGCAGUCAUACAUGGAUUCUUAAUGGAUAGCAAUGCCUCAGAUAUACCUGAAUGA